CCUCCUCCUCCUCCUCUUCCUCCUCAGAUCUCCCCACCCCCUCUCUCUUCUCCUCUCCUCUCCCCCCCACCCCCUUUCCUUCCUUUUGCUGCCACCAACUGUGUGUCUGUGUCUCUGUCUCUGCCAAGCCUCCACAUCCCCUGUUCCCUUUUUUUUUCUGUUCCCCCUUUACUCCUCUCUUCCUCUCCCAAAUCUGAGAAGCGAAAGGUAACCUAAACAAGUGACUCGUGGAUCGGAAUCCCAAAUUUAGACUGCUGGUACAAUUAGCACCCCCUUUCGCGUCGGACUCGUCUGCAAUAUGAGCUGCGGCCACCACACCCGCCGCUUCCUCGUCCUCUUCAUCUUGUUCGUCGUCGUUGCGGUGGCGGCGAGCGGGGACGGGAGCGCGUACGAGGUGCUGCGGUCGCACGGGCUGCCCAUCGGGUUGCUGCCCAAGGGGGUGCGGGAGUUUUACGUGGACGGGGAGGGGCGGUUCGAGGCGCGGCUGGACGCGCCGUGCACGGCCAAGUUCGAGAGCGAGGUGCGCUACAACGCCAGCGUGGCGGGCACCAUCUCGCCCGGCCAGAUCGACGGCCUCUCCGGCAUCGCUGCCCAGGACCUCUUCCUCUGGUUCCCCGUCCGCGCCAUCCGCCUCGACGACCAGGCCUCCGGCAUCAUCCACUUCGACGUUGGCGUCGUCGACAAGCGCUUCCCCCUCUCCCUCUUCGAGUACCCGCCCGACUGCACCCCCGUCGCGUCGUCCUCUCGCCCUCUCCGCGAGGGCUCUCGCCUAGCUUCCCUCGUCGCCGAGAGCCAAUCCGGCGAGCUCCGCUACCAACUCGAUGCUCGAGACGCCGCCAUCUGAAACGAGCUCCGCCGUCCUUGUUAUUAAAGGUCCUAUAUAGCUUGGCUUUGGCUUGCUUUGCUUAUGUGUGUGCUUCUUGUGUGUCCCGUCAUGCUCUACUUUCAUUCAAGCUGAAAGACCGCUUUUUUUGAUUGAAUGAUGAUGGAGUCACCACCCCAGAAUGUGCAAGCAAUUCGGUGUAGAUCGGAUGAGAGAGCAUCCGAAGUUGGUAAAAGGAUCGAGGGCGAUUCUUUUUCCAACUACUGAAUCAUAAUCCUAAUGUUCAUAUCAUCAAUUACUAGUGAUCAUAUCAUCCGUUUGCCGGUAGAAGGCCACAUGUAUGCAGUGGAGAGUCUGGGACUUGAUCCACUGCAAAUGUCUUUCUUUGUUGUAUUUGUGAGCGAGUAAUGCAUCGAGUCUUUCUGUA